UAGAACAGGCGACAGUGAGAGGUUAUUGCUUCAACAAUGCUCUUGAUAGAAUAUCAGACAUUUGUUAAAUAUGAAAUUAAACUUCGAACCGAUGAAGAUAUGGAGUCGCCUAUUCCACCAAGAAAUGAAGCAACAGUGGAAUACGGUGUGGAGUAGACCAGUUGGUUACGAAACAGGAAUUUUUGUUUAUAAUCCAAUUGUGAAGAAAAAAGUGCCUUUGAUCCUCAAAAAUCAUAAAACUGCUACCUGGUAUGUUUGCGGUCCCACUGUUUAUGAUUCUGCACACAUUGGACACGCCUGUUCCUACAUCCGAUUCGACAUAAUUCGACGUAUCCUCUCCAGCUUUUUCUUAAUUUCCGUCCUCCCUGUUAUGGGCAUCACGGACAUAGACGAUAAAAUAAUUCUGCACUCCCAGGGAUCCUCAAAAUUUUCUUCCUGGCGCCACCUCUCCAAGCACUACGAGCAAGAAUUUUUUUCAGAAAUGCGUCAACUCAACAUCCUACCUUCUUAUGUUUACUGUCGAGUAACCGACUAUAUUCCAGAGAUAAUAAACUUCAUCUCUACCCUCAUCACCAAGGACUUCGCCUAUAAAUCUACCGACAACUCCAUUUACUUCAACGCCUCAAAAUAUCCAGCUUAUGGAAAACUUCGAAAACCUGAUGAGAAUAUGACUUCAUCCUUGAAGCUCUCACCCUGGGAUUUUGCCCUCUGGAAGGCUGCAAAACCUAAUGAACCCUUUUGGGAUAGCCCUUGGGGUCCAGGAAGACCAGGGUGGCAUAUAGAAUGCAGCACAAUGGCCUCCGUCACUCUAGGAAAUAACAUAGAUAUUCACAGUGGAGGAUUAGAUUUGAUUUUCCCUCAUCACGAAAACGAAGAGGCUCAGUCGUGCUGUCAUCAUGAGACAGGGCAGUGGGUCAAUUACUGGCUGCACUCAGGCCUCCUUCACUUAGAGGACACCAAGAUGUCGAAAAGCCUUCAGAAUACAAUUACGAUUAAAGAAUUGUUGGAAAAGUUCACUGCUAAUCAAUUCAGGUUAUUAUGUCUCUGCACUCACUAUCGAUCGACUAUCGAGUUCUCCCAAGAGACGAUGAGUAAGGCAGUGGCUCUUCUGAAGAAGUUUGAGUAUUUUCAGAGUGAUUGCAGGAAUUAUGUGGCUGGAAGAUUCCCCGUUGCGAACGUGGACUCCUCCACAAUUUAUGGGAAGUUGAGACAGGUUCAAGAAAAUAUUCUGGAGGCAUUGAGGAAUGAUUUCGGGACUCCUCAGGUUGUGGAUGAACUUAGUGAACUCGUCAGGGUGGUGAACAAAGGAUUAAAUAGUCCGAUUCAAGGUAGUGAAUGCUUUGAAGUCAGAGAUGCUCCUUGCAUUGCUGCUGCUGCGAUUUAUGUGGAGCGGGUGCUGAGAGAUCUGGGGAUUUGUAUGGGUGAAGAGAGUUUGCAGGCUGGGGAGAGUGAUGGAAAGUUUCGUAAUGUUGUUGAUGAUUUCGUCAAGUUCAGGACGAUUGUUAGGAAUAAGGCUUUGGAAAUGAGAGUCAAGGAUAAGGAACUAUUGGGUGCUUGUGAUGAUGUGAGGAAGAGUUUGGCGAAUUGUGGUGUCAAAGUGAAGGAUUAUAGGAAUACUGCAACAUGGACGUUUAUAGAAGAGUAAUUAAGAAUGUUAAUUGAAUAAAUAAAGGUUUUACGUAAUUAAUCA